AUGAAGCUGCAAAUCAAGGUCGACGAAAACGGAAAGAUUGUUGAUUCCUGCUUCAAGACCUUUGGGUGCGGAUCGGCGAUUGCCUCUUCUUCCGUCGCCACGGAAUGGGUGAAGGGGAAGUCAGUUGACGAGGUCAUGACAAUCAAGAACAGUGACAUCGCCAAGCACCUGUCUCUGCCCCCAGUGAAGCUGCAUUGCAGUAUGUUGGCAGAGGAUGCGAUCAAGGCAGCAGUCAAGGAUCUCCAAAACAAGAGAGGGGUAGCUGACGAUGUAAGCGCUGGUGCUGCUGCUGUGCAAGCAGCUUGA